UGUUACUUGUGCCAUAGUCUCCAAACAUUUUCUCGAGAAUGUUUAUUGAAACUGUGAUUAGAUUCUCUCAGAUCAUCGCCGAAUCCGUCAUCAUCGCCUCCGUCGUCGUCUUGACUCUCCGUCUCUUCUUCAGAUUCGCUUGUUUCCUCGCGAGCCGUUCUUGGCGUCGUUACCGUACAUUCACGGUCCAACAUCGCCGGAGAUGGAGAAAAACCGCGGCGGAGGAAAAACAUUCAUCACCGUAUUGUACGAUUUGUCUCGAAGAUGCGGCGGAGGGAGAGAAGAUGAGGCGGAUAACGGCGUGCAGUCACUGUUUCCACGUCGAUUGCAUCGAUCCGUGGUUGAUGAAGAAGUCCACGUGUCCAUUGUGCAGAGCUGAGAUACCGCCGGUGCCGCCGGGAAAUCCUCUGGUGGCGCUUUUUGUUCCUCCCGGCGUGAUUGAGAUGUUCACCAAAGGAAUCAUCCCCGACGCGUAGGCUUUUUAGCUUCUCUUUCGUCAUCACAAACAUUUAAUUCUGUUAUUAAUUUAAGAUUAAGAAACGAGUUUAUUAAUUUCUUAGAAUUUAGACGAUUUUUAGUCUCGUAAAAGUAAUCAAUGUAUUCAUUCUUUUUUUCGUUCAAACUAAAAAAGUAUUCAUUUAUUUCAUUAUUCUUGUUAGUUACUCUCUCGGAGAAAAAAAUAUUCCAUUGAUUA